UGUACACUGUAUAUAGGCAAUAUUACAUUUCUCUGUCUAUGUAUACGUAGGGAAAUUGAAAUGAAAUACAUCGAUCAAUAUUCAUCAAUGGCUACCGUAAUAGGUAGAAUGUUGGCCAAUUACAGCAACUCUCAUGAAUGGCUACUUCCCACCAUUUUGCUCCUCCUCCUUCCUCUCCUCUGUCUUCUUCUCAAAAACAAGAAAACAACAAAUUCUAACCUGCCUCCAACCCCUCCUAAACUUCCCAUCAUCGGCAACUUGCACCAACUCGUCGGCGGCUUAGCCUACCGAUCUUUUCACCGGCUGAGCCAAAAACAUGGUCCUAUCAUGCUCCUGCAACUCGGCAGCGUACCGGCAGUCGUUGUAUCAUCAGCUACCAUGGCUAAAGAAGUCAUGAAGACCAACGAUCUUGACUGUUGUACGCGGCCAGCUUCCCCGGGUCCGAAGAAACUCAGCUAUAAUUAUUUGGACAUAGCUUUUGCUCCUUAUAAUGAUUACUGGAAAGAGAUGCGCAAGCUCUUCAUGUUUGAGCUUAUGAGCCCUAAGAGGUCUCAGUCUAUUUGGUUCGCCAGGGAAGCUGAAGUUGACAAACUGCUGGAUACUUUGGCUCAAGAAUCGGGAAACCCAGUUAAGCUCGAUGAUAAAAUAUUUGGUCUUGUCGAUGGGGUAAUUGGCACUGUUGCAUUCGGGAAGAUAUAUGGAAAAGAUAAGUUCCAGAAGCAGUUCCAGAAAGUGCUUAAUGAAGUCAUGGAUGUACUGGGUAGCUUCUCCGCCGAGGACUUUUUUCCAUUGACAGGGCGAUCGGUGGAUAAGCUGACAGGGCUCAGUGCUAGGCGAGAGAAGAUCUUCGUCCAGGUCGAUGCUUACUUACAGAAGAUGCUAGAUUUGCACCUUGACCCAGCCAGAUCUAAACCUGAACAAGAAGAUCUGGUUGAUAUUUUGAUUGAACUUUGGAGAAAUCAAACCAGUUCAGUUCAUCUUACAGCUGAUCAUGUCAAGGCAAUUCUCCUGGAUACAUUUCUUGGCGCAAUAGACACUAGUGCAAUCACAAUACUAUGGACAAUGUCAGAGCUAAUGAAGAACCCAAGGGUGAUGAGCAAAUUACAAGCUGAAAUCCGAACUUGCACCUUGCAAAAACCAAAAGUGUUGAGCGGAGACGACGUCGCGGAGCUCAAGUACCUGAAAAUGGUGGCAAAAGAAACUCUCAGAUUGCAUCCACCAGCACCUCUGCUACUCCCUCGAGAGACCAUGCGCCACUGUAAAUUAGGUGCCUACGAUGUGUACCCUAAAACAAGAAUCUAUGUCAAUGCAUGGGCGAUAGGAAGAGAUCCGAAAAGCUGGCGAAACCCAGACGAGUUUUACCCGGAGAGAUUUGAAGAUACUGAUGUUAAUUUCAAAGGGUAUCAUUUUGAGUUGGUGCCAUUUGGUGCCGGUCGUAGAAUUUGCCCUGGGUUGGCCAUGGGAGCUGCCAACGUUGAGUAUACGUUGGCUAACUUGUUGUACUGGUUUGAUUGGGAGCUGCCUGGUGGGAUGACGAGAGAUGAUAUUAACAUGGAAGAUGAAGGUGGACUUGUUGUUCACAAGAAGAUACCUCUCUGCCUUGUGCCAAUCAAAUAUUGCCGUGCCCAGAAUUAAUUUUCGUUGAACUGUUCGCAUAUCAUAUCUAUGGUUUACUUAAUAAAUUUUGAAAAUAAAAAUUUGAUAUGUUAAAUUAGUUACGUGAAAUUCAGGAUCAACGACACAAUUCGAAACACACGCAUGCACAAUUCCCCAUGAA